GGGCCUGUGGGCCCUAUUAGCCCUAAGUCAUGGGGUUAUGGCUCCCAUGGUACCCUGGCACACAGAACCAUGGUCAGAAUCAAGCCCUGUGGUGUCACCUAAGCCUGUGCGCCAAUGUGUAGCUCUGUUGGUUUGCUUGCUCCCAGAACACCCCGGACCUUGGCCUCCCAUCUGACCAAGGUUUCUGAGUGUGGCAUUGGAGUCCAUGGGGCCACAGCAGCUCUCCCUCUUACAACUGCCUGGACAGGAGCAAUUUUAGGGCUUUGUGAUCCAAGUCCUAAUCCACAUUCAAGAUUUAAGUGAGGCUGCCUUGGUGAGCUCCACUAGCCUGUGUGGACAGUCCCAUUGCCUUAGAGAUGUCACAGUUACUGCUGAGGACACAGCCUGACCCCGUCUGUGAUGGAAUCAAGAGGCCUCAAGAAGCCCCUCCGGUAUAAGAGACACAAAAUCAAGACACAUGAGAAGCUCAUCAAGAAGUUUCCUUACAGGUUAUCGUGGUUGACGGAGCCCAGCCGAGAUUCCCCACAGUCUUGGAAGGCUAAGAGCAAAGGGUUGCUGAAGGACCAGCUGCCCUUACAGAAGAAACUGGUGCCAACACGGUCCAUUCCCCUCCCAGGAGUCGGAGCUCCGGACUUUACAUCGCCGCCAUUCAGUUGCUGCUCACAGCCUCCUCCACAUCCUCCACUGUGUAACCUCUGGGAGCUUAAAUUACUGCACGUCCGUUUCCCUAGACAAGACCUUAGCAAGCUGCCUCCUCUCAAGACCAGUGCUGACCAGCCCUACACCAGUGGUGCUUCAGGGCCAUCUGAGAGCUUUUACUAGAACGUCCACUCUCCAUGGCUUCUUUCUCAGCCACCUUCUCUCUGCUCUACGUAGCUGUCACAAAGAUCCUUGUAAAGGGGAACAGCCUUGUAGCCCACCAAAAACCAGGAGUGGCCCACACCCCACAUGCAAAAAUCGCACAGCACCAAU